ACUCCCUUUCUUUUUUUGAGUGACCAGUGAAGUAGUACGCCGUGUGUUGCUAUGGCUGGGGUGGGACAAGGGGACUGCCUUCCUGCCGGCGAGUUACCAGUUACCAGCAGGACGGUUCACAGUAAUAACGUGCCCCGGUUUUUACUCAUCUGGGAAGAAAUCAUAGUCAUGGCAACAGGUCUCAAGGUCUACUUCUGUGGCAGCAUCCGAGCUGGCCGUGGAGAUGUGGAAAUCUAUGGUCGCAUUGUGGAGAUGCUCGGAAAGUAUGGCACUGUGUUGACGCCUUUCGUGGCUGAUCCAAAUCUGACAAAAGAUUCAACUGAAGAAGGAAAGGCAAAAACUGACAAGGAAAUCUAUGAUCAAGAUAUGAGCUUACUAGAGGAAUGCAAUGCAAUUGUUGCAGAAGUAACACAGCCAUCACUUGGUGUUGGAUUUGAGCUUGGCCGUGGUGUGGCAAUGAAUAAGAAGAUCCUCUGCUUGUAUAGACCUCAGCCAGAGAAGAGACUGUCAGCAAUGGUCCGAGGGGCAGAGAAGGAUGGCUGCUUUACUACUAAGGACUACAAGGAAGAAGAUCUCCCUGCUAUCUUCGAUGAUUUCUUCCAGAACUUUGUGCGUCGAGAUAGGAAGAACAGCCUUGACUGGAAAAGUUACGAACCGAUGUAAAUCGUAUUGAGUAAUUUCUGAAAAGGUUAACAAAGUGCUUUCAUAUCAGUUCCUCAUAAUUUUUUCAGAUGGAAAACAGUAUUUAAUGUACUCUGUUGGAUGGAUUCUAAAAUAUUGCUCUUCUCUCUGCCAGUGCUACUAUUGCAAUCUUUAUCGACAGUAUUUAUGGUGAGCUUAUUAAAUUCAGUUUAAGAAUGAUUUGAAGAGAUACCUGUGGAUCAUGACUUCAUUAUGAGAAAAAUGCUAUUAAGUUGCAAUUCUUUGUUAAAAUGCAAUGAUGUUUAAAUCAGAAAAUUGUUUUCUGAUGUACAUUAGAAAUAAUUAAAUUUUGUUAGCACAAUUUUUUUUGGCCAAAAUCCACUGUAUUGUUAAAGAAAAAUAAACAUGUAAAAUUUAACAGGUACUUUUAUUGGUACUUCUCGACUAGAAUUGUAAUUGUGAUGUAGUUUCAUUUGUUAUUUUACAAUUGAGAGUAUAUUACAAUCAUAAAAAUCCUGAAACUGUAAAUCAACAGUAAUUUUUUGUUGAUUUGUCUAAGGCAUAAAUAGUGCACUUUAUUAUUUUUCAAAAUGAAAACAAGUGUUGUGCCCAGGAUGGGAUUUGAAAAGAACAAUUGAGAGGUUCUAAAUAUUGCACUAUUUUCAUACAAAAUUUAUGAAUUGUUAGUAGGUAAUUAGCUUAAUAAAAUUUUGUAAGAAAUUAGACUUUCUUAAUUUGAAUUUAAGUUUCACUCCAUAAUGUGUGGUUUUUGCUUUCAUAUUAUAAAAAGAAUUAACAAUAUAGAUGAAGGAUAAGUCACUUUCACCUUAAUCAAAAUAUGUAAGAUGCAGCCAUUUUCAUUGAUGAAAAAAAAAAAAAAUCAGUUUAACUUUUAACCAUCUAAAUGCCCUUGUUUAAGGGAUACCAACCUAAAUUUCACCUUCAAAUUCUUGGGCCAAAUAAAUCAGUAUUCUUUUUCCACUAAUAUGGUGGAUAUUGCACUUCUUUGUCUUAUAACCUUUGUCCUGAGACUUCUGGGUAGUACUGUGACUCCUAUGAUAAAUUGUGUUUUUGUUAAUGUUUUCAUAUGGUAAGGAAAAAUAUAACAACAUUUAAGAGCC